UACAUGUACCUUGCUUGAUUCACAUUUUCAGAUUCUUUGUGUGUGCUAUAAUUAGAACGAUACCGAUUAAAAGCUCGAAAACAUCUCUCUGCUACUCCUCGAUCUCAUGCUCAGAAAUCGAUAAUUACGAGGAUAUCUAAAAUGUCAGUGGCAAGUACAACUUCAGAGUAUCUACUAACAGCGAUGUUAAACUACACUGAAAGAACCAAUGGCAAUGGGGCACCAACUGUUGAUUCAUGUGUAGAUUGCUCAGCCUCUAGCUCUCUGCUCAAGUCACCAAAACUUGACUCAGUCUCUGUACCAAAUUCAUUGGAUUGUGAACAAUUAGAAGCACGAUCACAGUCUGAACCUAUGCUUGUAAAACUCAAUGAAUCACGUUGGAAUCCCAUUUCAUCUGCUUCAAAAUGUGCAGACCCGAAAUGUAGGAAACGUUUUACAUCACUUCUCCAUCGUCGACGAAACUGCAGUAUGUGUGGCGAGGUAUUCUGUCGGGGUUGUACAAUUUAUAGGCGCAAAAUUUCUGCAAACGCAAAGCCUGAUCCUCUUGGAACCUUUUUUAAUGUGUGCAAGUGCUGCUACUAUCUUGAAUCUGAUUAUGGCAUGUCUACUGACCUCUUUAAAGAAUUUAGUGAACACCGGAGUGCAAUGUUUGGGCUGAAAAACGCUGCAGUCAAUACAGAUCUACGAAAUCCACUAUGUGGUCAAAAAUUAUCUGCACUAAAAUGCAUAUUGCUGAAACUGGAAGUACAAAAGCUGUCGGAAGGCUACAAAGCAAAUACUGGUCUACUACGAGGAAUUUUAUCAGAAGUUAAGGUUCCUGCAUGGCAAAAGCUACCACGGUGGGUGGAUUCUAGAAAAGCUUCUGGCUGCUUUAACUGUGGACACACGUUUGGCUUACUGUCUGGAAAGUUAAAAAAGCUCAAUUGUCGUGUUGGUGGCCAAGUGUUUUGCUCUGACUGCUGUAAGGAUGAAAUUGUACUGUAUUGUGAAGAUGAAGAGAUCAAGUGGGCAAUUAACGGGAAACAAGGAGGCCCAUCUGUGACACCCAGCAGCUAUAUGCUUUUGCCAAUUUGUUGCCACUGUUCUCAUGACUUACAAGCGAUUGUUCCUGAACAAGUACCUUCUUCCUCCCAAUGUACAAGCUACCUACAAACACUUCACCUCAGGCGUCAAAAACUCUCAAAGCUUGAAGAAAAAAUUGAAACUGCUCUACCUGAAUACAUGAAAGUUGUGGAUGCCUUAGAUGUGACCAACAAUAGUCCCAGGUCUAUAAGCGGACGUAAUCCACUGCAAAUUCUAGUUAAAGUUCAAACUGACUUGUCAGAUGUGUUUUCGUCGCUAGCUGUUCAAAGCCAAAGCCUGAAACAUCUAAAGCCUGAAACAGAAACAGAGAAAAAACUGCACAGAAACGUAACGAUUGGUACGUAUCGGUACUACAGUGAAAACAUGUUUCAAUUCAGGUUAUUCAAAAAUCGAUUGUGUGAGCUUAUACCAACGGACCACCUAGAAGAAAUCCAACAGAGUGUAAGUCAAAGAAGCAUGGAACGUGUCCAUGUGUACCUUCAGCAACUUAUGUUUGAGCUCCUAGACCUGAAGAAACGAUACUAUUUUAAUGACGACUUCUUUGAGCCAAUAAUGGAUACAAUUAGAAGUAUGGAAGAAGAGUUAAGGCCUUUUCUGGAGUAUCGAAAUGAAAGCUGGGAAAAACAUGCUAAGUGCUCUCUCGACUUCGUCAGAUGUGAGCUUGAAGCAGGACAUCGAGCAUUAACAUUAGAUGCCAAACUUAAUGAUCAAGCACUUGUUCGAUGUAUUGUUAUCGGUCAAAUAUCAAGCCGAUUGCAUGAGUGUUACAGAGAAUUGCAAGCAAAGACUAUUGACCGUGAGUUUUUGAAGACAAAACAAAGUGUCCAUGAUGCCUUUGUGACAAUAGAUAAUUUGCUGGCUCAGUAACACAUAGUAGUAUUAUAAUGACAUUAUUGUGGUGUUAUUCAAAUCGCUAUUUAUAGUUAUACAAAAAUACCUGCGUGUGCUAUUGGUGGACAUAACUUCUUAAUAAAUUAUUGGUUUAAAAAUGA